AUGGGGACCGAGAACCCUCCAGCUGGGAGGCCAAAGGUGCCCGGCUUCACCGAUUCCUUCUGGUCCGCCGACUAUGCCGGAGGACUGGGAGUGCUCUUCCAGAAGCUUCAGCAGGGCGUGGUGGAGAACCAGCAGGUGCUCACAAUUGCGAGCAUGAGAGCAGACGCGGAAGAAAUGUACAGUGACCGCCUGGGAGAUAUCGCACCAACCAUUGAUCGGAUGACGAGCGGAUUUGCAAGAGAUGACGGCGCGAGUACAAGAAAGGCAUAUGAAGGCGUCCGGGGCGAGAUGGUCGAAGCCUCCAAAAACCAUCGAAAAAUCGCUGACAACAUUCGCGAACUCGUCGUCAAUCCGUUUUCGAGAUGGUGCGACUCACACGCUGCACGGAUACAAAGCUCGCAGGACGACCUACAGGCGAAGAUCAAGGCACACGAUAAGCAAGCAGAGGCGGUCAAGAAGCUAAGAAGCCAUUACUUCAACAAGUGCAGAUUAGUGGAGGAUCUCGAAGAGGAAAAUAAAAUGGCAUUCGCGGGGCCGGCGAAGGAGAGUCCUAAGCCACAAAGUCCCCCGCCGCCUAAGAUUGUUCUUCCAGAAGAAGAAAUCGACGAGUUACCUGUCGAGAUUGGCGAUGAAACGUAUCCGCCCGAGAGACUGAAAUCGCUUCUUACCGAUAUGCUCGAGAAGAUCCCCUUGGGCGAACACAGAGUCCCCAUACUGGGACUGUAUCAAAAUGUUUCCGCUGGCACUGAUAUUACUGACUACAUCCAGAAACACAUGAAGGCGUCGAGUGUUGGGUACGCAGAGAAGAUUGGACAAGAUCUCAUUGAUCGUGGGUUUUUGCGUCUGAUAGGAAACAUGGGCAACACGUUCGCCAACAGUUCAAGAAUGAAAUACCAGUGGAAGCCGCGGACUUUUCAAAUAACGGGUGUGCCCGAGAAGAGAAAGCCGUUGAGCAGGUCAACUACUGGAGCGUCGGUAGAUGGACUUUUGGAGUCGCCAACAGUUGGGAAUAUCACUGAGACCUUGUCGAGCUGGAAUCCCUUGAACAACCCAUUCCCCAACGAGACGCAGGCUGACCGGCUGAAACGCGAGGCUCGAGAGGCAGACGAAAAAUACAAAGCCGGCGUUCGAAGACUUGACCUGCUGAGAUGCAACCUCGAAGAAUCGAUGAUGGAUCACCUAAAAUUCCUGGAGCGAUGCGAAACAGAUCGUCUGAAGGCCAUCAAGUCUGUAAUCCUGGACUUUUCGGGCGCCAUCAGCAAUAGUAUCCCAUCUUUCCAGAGCCAGGUUGAUCACAUGAUGCUUUAUCAGGAAACCAUCCAACCAUUAGGAGACUUGCGAUAUCUGCUUGAGAAUUACCGGACAGGCGCAUUCAUCCCCAAAGUCGUACCUUACGAAAACUACUACGGAAGUGUGGAUGACCAGACUUUUGGUGUUGACCUGGAAGCGAGAGCGAGAGCGGACCGGAAGAGAGUCCCUAUCAUUGUCACUUCUAUACUCACGUUCCUCGAUAAUCACUACCCUGAUCUGGAAGGGGAUGAGACCAGACGGAAUAUCUGGCUUGUGGAUGUCCCUCUGGCAGCAACCCAUCACCUCCGAAAUCAGAUCAACAAUGGUGCUCCGGUGGCCCGAGAGAUCCUCGAGAAAUAUGAAAUGCCUAUUAUCGCGAGUGUGUUGAAGCUGUACCUUCUUGAGUUGCCAGAUUCGCUUGUCUCCUCACAAGUGUACGAAAUCAUCAAGACGAUCUACGCGACGACUUCCGACGCAAUCCCAAAUCCCAUAUCCACCGACUCAGUCGAUGCCUUGCCCAGAAUCAAAGUCCUACAAUCUACCCUUGGCCAACUUCGCCUCAACAAUAUUGCCACUCUCGACGCCAUAGCUACACAUUUCACGCGUCUAAUCGACUUGACAUCGGCAGACGAGGCAUAUGUUUCGGCACUUGCUAACGUUCUAGCUCCAUGCAUCUUGCGUCCACGGACAGAAAACUCUUUGACACUAGAAGACCGCCACGCGUAUCGUCUGAUUCGCGACCUGUUCGACCAUAAAGAAGCCAUCUUCGGUGAACUUAAGCGCCAGUCAUCUACACUUUCAGGAUCAAACAGUCUCUCCAGCCGUCAACGUGCCGUCAGCACUACAGAUGAGAGCUCUCGACGAGCGAACAUGGAAGCUCGUGCGCGGGCUAUCACGGAACAGAGAGAACAAAGACAACGAGAAAAGUCCCCGGCACCAACGAAUCGACAUAGGCGCGAUAAGAGCACGGAUGGGAGUGUGGGACGAUUUCCGGUCGUCGCGAGCCCCAGGCCUGAUGGAAGUCAUGGUCGGAGUGUGAGUAGUGUUGGAUUGCCGUCCGCAACGAAGCGAGGAAGUCUCGAGGUUCCUGGAAGCAACGAGUCCUCGCCCAUUCAGGCGCGGAAUCAGAGUGCCGUGGAGAGGAAUGCAGCAUCUCCACCAACGGCAAGAAAUCUCGAGGGCGCAUCGGCAUAUCCAGUCACCACAAACGGCCAAAGCCAUGGACAAAAUCAAGUGCUCUCUUCGCCAGAUUCCAUAACAAGUGCGAGCUUGAAUCUACCUGGUACCUUCAGCGGGGGAGGGCCGGGCCCGCACAUUCCCCCGCCACUAGACGACGAUGACCAUGACCAGGAAUCCGACACUUCGCCUGUUCCUGCAUCUACAGGCUCCAAUGCUGGGUCCCGGCCGGGCUCACUCAAGAGAAUUGCUGCGACGAGCGACCGCAAGCCGGUGGGUGUGUCGAGAUCAGCUGUCUCAGGGAGUCUGAGCAGAAGACUUGCCAGCUCCGGGGUUAAUAGUGGUGGACUGAGUGAGGAUGCCGCCUCGAGCCAUCCUUCCGCGAGUGGUCAGGCUCAUGGUGUCCAGUUGGUUGAUAGGGCUAUGGAUGACUUUUCCUAA